AAGCGAUGCUAGACACUUUGGGUCCCACCUGAUCUUAUCCCCAACCACGCGCCCUCCUUUUAUUUGCCAUGUCGUUACUUUUCCUCCGAUCUAAAUCAACGGUCCAAGUUUAUCCUAACUUGUUCGACCUUUAACUCCCCUCAUUCGUCGUUAAAUAUCUCCGUUCAGUCACCUCUCCAUCCCGGCUAUCGACUUCUUUUUAAAACAAAAAAAGAUCUUAAGAUUUCUGAUCAGUAUGGGGCUACUUGACCAGUUGUGGGACGACACCGUUGCGGGUCCUCGACCCGAUAACGGUCUGGGCAAGCUCCGCAAGCACUCCUCUUUCACUUCCCGGCCUAACUCCUCCAAGGAAUCCGAUGGCGAGAGUGUGAGAUCGUUCAAUGAUGAAACGUCGACGGAGAAAACGACCAAAGUGACACGUUCGAUCAUGAUCGUAAAAUCGCCUCGUUACCAGAGCGGAUCGUCUCCGGUUUCGCCGGCCGAAUCUACUCCUCCGGAGGUAAGGAGCCGUUUCGAUUUCGGAGAAGGCCUACAUCGGAUGCAUACGAAAAAUCCGGGAGCGAUGUUGGACCCAGGAGCGCUCCUCCUCCUUAUGACGUGUGAGAUGUGAGCCUCUCCGGUGAUCCUUUAUUCUACGAAGUAUCGAUAUUUGCUUAGUGUCGAGGAUGACGUCUUUACUGCUGAAGCCUACAAUGUAAUGUCAAAUAGAGUUUGCUGCGUCUGUUUUGCAAAGCAAUGUGUACUUCUGGCUAUAUAGCUUUAGCAUGGGAUAAUGUUUAUAGACGGCGCUGAAGAUCUGUAAACAAUGUAGAGA